UCAUUCUGUCCCUCAUUCCUUUCACAGGGCAGAAGCUCCAGCCACUGGACUAGUGAUGGCACAGAGCCCAGCCGUUCAGCAGAAAGGUUACAGGCCGGGCGGGCUUUGGAGCAAGGACAGUCACGGGCGCAUCAUGCGAGGGUGCAGCGGGCACUCGACUCCGCUAAGCCUGCUCCCUCCCUUUUCCUCCCAGAUACUAUUUCCGUGCCCGGGGGACGCCUCACCCGCGCGCUAAAGGAGGCGCUCCUGCUCGCCAGCUUUGAAGUCGUAGCCCCGCUCCUGCUGCUCCUCCUCCAGCCCCAGCCGCGCGGAGCGCUUUCCCGUGGCUCUGCCUCCUCUUCCUUCCACACGAGGGGUUGACCAUGACGGCGAAACCCAGGAAGUUCUGGCAGGAGGCGUCGCACCAAAUCGUCGCUGGUGGCUCCGCAGGUCUUGUAGAAAUUUGCCUGAUGCAUCCCCUCGAUGUGGUGAAAACCAGGUUCCAGAUUCAAAGAGGAAAAUAUGAUCCCUCCGGGUACAAGAGCCUGGGAGACAGUUUUAAAACCAUAUUCCAGACAGAAGGGUUGUUUGGUUUCUACAAAGGUCUCCUCCCUCCAAUCUUGGCUGAAACACCCAAAAGGGCAGUAAAGUUCUUCACCUUUGAACAGUACAAGAGAAUACUCGGAAAUGUUUCUCUAUCACCAGCUUUGACAUUUGCAGUUGCUGGCUUGGGAUCCGGGCUAACAGAAGCAGUUGUGGUUAACCCUUUUGAAGUAGUCAAGGUUAGCCUCCAGGCAAAUCGGGAUGCUUUCAAAGAGCAACCCUCCACCUUUGCUAAAGCUCACCAAAUUAUUCAGUCCAAUGGGUGGGGUCUGAGUGGACUCAACAAAGGGCUGCCUGCUACUUUGGGACGCCAUGGAGUUUUUAAUAUGGUCUAUUUUGGAUUCUACUUCAAUGUGAAAAACAUCAUUCCUGCCAAUAAGGAUCCAACCUUGGAGUUUCUGAGAAAGUUUGGAAUUGGGCUAGUUUCAGGAACAAUAGCCUCAAUUAUUAACAUCCCUUUUGAUGUUGCAAAGAGUAGGAUUCAAGGACCACAGCCAGUUCCCGGAGAAAUCAAGUACAGGACCUGUUUUAAGACUAUGGCAACCGUUUAUAAAGAAGAAGGAUUUCUAGCUUUGUACAAAGGAUUGGUUCCCAAGAUCAUGAGGCUAGGACCAGGUGGUGCAGUGAUGCUGCUGGUUUAUGAAUAUGUUUAUGGGUGGCUUCAAGGAAACUGUUGAUCAAAAAUACUAAUUUAAGACUGCAAAUAAUGUAAACAAUUCCUAUCAAAUAAAAAGUAUGUGCAUGAGCAUUUAUAUGUUAGAGAAGAAAGGAAAUUUGUGCAAUGAUGCAAAAUGGAUGACCUUCGUUACUAAUGGCCAAUAGUACAGAAUAUUCUUCAGGAAAGAACGUUGAUAUUAUAUUCCAGCCCAGACACAAAUACACAUCCCACUAAGCAAAAGCCACAGAAAGACUAUUUUAGAAGAAUAAAAUGUAUGUCUAUCAAGCAAAUUAAAAGUGUUUAACUGAACAA